AUGCCUUCCCAUAAGACCCUAACUGCCCUCAAUGAAGCCUCCACUCUGAACCUGCCUGAGAAACCAAACACAUCUCUUCUCAGGCCAAAGGAAUCUCGUCCUAGUGACACUAGUAGCCUGAGCUCACCAAUCAUCGCUUCGCCAAGCGGAGAUGUGAUCCUCAAGUACACAAAGCCAUUUUCGGGAGAAAGCUACUACUGGAAAGUCGACAGUCAGAUGCUCAAGAAGAACAGUCCGUAUUUCCAAGUAGUCUUGGAUCCUACCAAGACUUUUAUUGAGGGACAAUUGCUUGCACAGCAGCUAGCUGAAACCUCGGGCUCGAACUCUCUCCCCAUCCUGACGCUCCCAGCAACACAACAUACCGAAUUGUAUGGGGUUGAGGCCUUGGAACUGUUCUUGCAGAUCCUCUGCUCUGAGUCGCUGGCAUCCGAUGACGAGGAGGAAGGUCUGGAAACUGUGUUUUCCUUCAACCUGAAAGCUCAGCCUCUGUCUCUAAUUGCUAGGUUAGUUGAGUUUGCCGACUACUACAAUUCCUCGCGGCAUGUUGCGCAUACCCUCAAUCGUUUGAAUUACACUGUCAGCAAGACCUCCGCUCGUCUGUGUUAUACUCCGGGCUCGCUGGGCAAAUCACGCCUUCACAGAUUCAGCGAAAAGAGCUUGAACAUGAGUGAAGAUCGAAUCCGGCAAGCAUGUUUUGUUGCGAAUUUCCUGGGUCAAGAGGACAUCGCCCAGAUUAUGACACACACACUAGUUGUAGCCGGUUCCAGGCGCUGGUUUCACUCACCAGAGAUGCCAGAGAGUCCAUAUCUCCGUUGGCAACACUUGGCGAAUGGAGUAGAAGAGGAGCUCUAUCACCGACGACAGUGUGUCCUGAAUACGAUCACCGACUUGCAAGCACAUUUCCUGCGUAAAUACGGCGCACUGGAGAACGAUGAGCCCGCACCUACCACUUCCGGGGCCCUGCCACAUCACACCGCACCACAGUAUCGUGUUUUCCAGUGCCGGGCUGGACUUGGCAAUGCCAGCCAAUGCGAUCUGUUCCACCUUGGUCAGAUGACCCGUUUCUUCGCGUUGCGGGCCAAGUCCAUCUUCAUAGGGUCUACUCUGAUAGAUCCUGAGUUUAGUCCGCCUGGCGCUGAGGAUAAGCAUGAUGGCAAAGAACAGCCUUCAGUGGGACCUGACAUUUCAGCACUCAUUGUCUCACUUAAGAAACACCCUGACUAUCAGAUUGAUCUCAAUCAUCAGGCGUGUGGUGUGAAGCGUCGCUUACUUCCGAUACUAGAUGGUAUUGAGAAGUUUGUGAUGGACGGGCGUGGUAUGCUCGGUGUGGUGCCAUCUUUCUGGGAUCGCUCGGAGACUCGUCAACGGUUACAGUGGAAGUGCGAAGCUGCAUUUGCUGGGGAAGUGCAUAUCGUACUCAAUAAGAUAACUUACGUCGCUGCCAACAGCAGGGAUGGUUCUCGAAGCUCCGGGGAACUCAAUCGGGAUGAUCUUGCACGGGCAUUGUUCACCACCAAGAAGCGGAAGUGGGAGCCAGACACGUUCUGA